UAUACAUGUACAAAGUAACUAGUUAGUAAUCAAAGAUAUGUAUAGAAGAUUUCGAAAUAACUAGUAAUCAAAGAUAUGCAUUAAAGAUUUUGAAAUUUGUAUAAUGAGAUUAUGAUCAAAGUCUUUAAAAUUAGAAUCGAAUAUCUUAAGGACUUCGAGUCAUACUCUAACCAAAAAAAUAUAAAAAAAAAUUAAAAUUAAACUCACAACCUUUUUUUCAUUAAUCAUUUGAGUCAUAAUUUUUCUCAUUUUUCACUUAAACAUGCAAUCAUGUGUGAACUUAUCUCUCUCUAGUCUAUAAAACAUGGACACAAAAAAUUUUAAGUUCACAAAAAUUUGAAAAAAUUGAUCAUAUAUCAUCAUACUAAAGCUUGUUCUCUUCGGCAUGAAACAGCUGAACUGAAUUGAACUGAACCGAACUGAAUUGAACUAAAUUGAAAUGAAAUGAAUAGUGAUAUGUGAGAGUAAAAGUAUUGUCAAGAGUUGAACUGAACUGAACCGAUCUGAACUGAUCUGAACUGAUCUAAAAUGAACUGAACUAAACUGAAUUGAACUGAACUGAAAAUAAGCUAGGGAGAACAGGCCCUAAUUCAAAUCUCAUCCAUAUAUAUUCAUAUAAUCACAGACAUAUACAUGCAUUAAUCAUUAUAUAUGUAUGUGGAAAGAAUCAGUAAAAAAAUUUCUACAAAAUCACCCAAGAUAAUAACAUAUCACGUACUUAAGGUAAAAAAUUAAAAUCAUUGAUACGUAUCUGAUCAUCUCCAUGUUUUCUUGCAUGAUUUCAAUCCCAUGCAUGGCUUUUCUUUCCUAUAUAUAUAUGUAUCUAACAUAAGCACAAAAACAAAGCAUUACAUCUAACAUCUUCAUAUUUCUUCAACCAUGCCAAUAAUCUUAUCUUCAUUCAACUUCAAUGCUUUACUUCUUUCAUCACUUGUAACAAUUACCCUAAUCUUCUUAACUUCUCCUACACAAUGUGCCCUACAACACCAAGGUUUUACUACUAAUCUCAUCCAACGUGAUUCACCCUUAUCUCCAUUGUACAACCCUUCCCUUAACAAAUGGGACACUUUAAGGAUGUCCUUAGACCGUUCAAAAUCUCGAAUCAACCGCCUUAUUAGUACAUCGUUGUUGUCAUCACCUAAUGACAUACAUUCCCAAGUGAAGCCUGCUAGUGGGGAGUAUGUCAUGGAGGUGUCUUUCGGCACGCCGCCGGUGGCUCAAUUUGGGAUAGUUGACACCGGAAGUGAUCUCAUUUGGACACAAUGUUUACCUUGUGUUGAGUGUUAUAAACAAGAUAUCCCUAUUUUUAACCCUACUAAGUCUUCCUCUUAUAAAGUUUUACCUUGUGGUUCUAAAGCAUGCAAAUAUUUAGACCCUAGCCAAGGCUCAUGCUCUAGUAAAGGUACUUGUAGCUACUCAUAUAAAUAUGGUGAUACGUCUCAUACUUUAGGAGAUGUGGCUACAGAAACCCUCACUUUUAAGUCGCAGCAAAAUGAUAACACUACCUCAUUUUCUAGGGUUGCAUUUGGAUGUGGUCAUAACAAUGUUGGUAGUUUUCAAGAAGAUGGUUCGGGCCUCAUUGGUCUUGGGGGUGGGCCUCUCUCAUUAGUGUCCCAAUUAAGCCCGUCAAUUGGUAGGAAAUUUUCCUAUUGCUUGAUUCCCUUCUCUCAAGAAGGGAAUAUCACGAGUCAAAUUAAUUUUGGAACGAGUGGAGAAGUAUCAGGUCAUGGUGUUGUUUCCACACCCUUGGUUAAAAAGAGUCCGAACACUUUCUAUUUCCUUACCUUAGAGGGAAUAAGUGUCGGAAAAAAUAGACUAGUCUUUUCAAAACGUUCUUCCAUAUCAAGUGUUGAUUAUGAGGUUGAUGAGGGAAACAUUAUCAUCGACUCAGGUACCACAUUAACAUUCUUACCCACGGAUUUUUUCGACGAUUUGGUUAAUGCAUUGGGUCAGGCUAUUCAGGGAAGACCAGUAGAGGAUCCCUUUGGGACAUUGCAGUUGUGCUACCAAGAUGAUGAACAUCUAAACAUUCCAAAUAUAACAGCACAUUUUACAGGGGCUGAUGUGCAACUGAUGCCUGUAAAUACUUUUAUUAAAGUAUCAGAAGAUGUGGUGUGUUUUGCUAUGGUAGCUGCAGAUAAUGUAGCAUUAUUUGGUAACAUAGCACAAGGAAAUUAUUUGGUAGGGUAUGAUCUUGAGGAAGGAAAAGUCUCUUUUAAGCCAGCUGAUUGCACCAAGGGGAACUAAAAAUAAGCAAUUUUAGCAGUUUCUACUUAGAAUAGUUGCUUAAGUUUGUCUAUGUAAGAGGAAAUAUAUGAAAAAUGAGAUAAUCUCUGUUUGUUAGCAUCAAUUACUAUUACCAUUGAAUUAUAUGCAAUA